UUACGAAUAAGCAGCGCUGCAUUACAUAAUCGCUCUUCGAUGGUGUAAUCCUUCAGUGCAGCAUCUUUAUACAGCUUUUCUAAAAACCUUGGUACUUUAUAGAUUUGAAAUGGGUCCGAACAGAAUCUACAUCAGUGUGGGUUAUGCCACAGUCGGAUUGUUGAUGGGUUUUUCGGCGUUUAUCGUGUGGAAUGUGGUGUAUAAACAGCCGUGGACGGCGGCAAUGGGCGGAUUAUCAGGGGUUCUGGCACUCUGGGCCUUGGUCACCCACAUUAUGUACAUACAGGACUACUGGCGCACAUGGCUGAAGGGACUAAAGUUCUUCAUUUUUGUUAGUUCUGUCUUCUCCCUCCUGGCUUUUGCUGCUUUCGCCACCUUCAUAACUCUAGCUGUUAUAGAAAAGCAGGCAUUAUCUGACCCCAAAAGCUUCUAUCUGUCAGCUGUGUGGAGCUUCAUUACCCUAAAGUGGGCCUUACUGCUGGGCCUGUACUCCUACCGGUAUCGCCAAGAGUUUGCUGACAUCAGCAUCCUCAGUGACUUUUGAUUGGCUCCUUCAUCUGGAGAUGAAUGGAUUUGUCGUUGGCAGUCGGUGGCUUCACCUGCCAGUCCGGAAAUGGAAGGAUGGAUGGUUAUCCUUUUAAAUACAGACUAACGGUCUUCGUGCUUUCACAGAAAAGACAGUCAAAUCUCAGCCCCACCUUCCCUCAGAUCCAAGCCUUGGAAUAAGAUGUUGGUGAAUGUCUGUGAUCUGCCUCAUUCCUGUCUUUUUUAGUUUUUGAAGGUGAAGUGUUUAUGUUUUUCUAUGUUAUAGAGUCACCCAAAAAAUGAAAAUUCUAUCAUCAUUUACUCAUCCUUGUAGUGUUCACGUAACCUAUUUAGAAACAUAAUUUUUUGCAAUUCCAUUUGGUGUCGUUACAUACUUCACCUUAAGUUAUAAUAGGUAAUAUUACAACAUUGUUUAAAAGUGUUUCAGGUUUUUUGAAGGCGUUGUAGGAUAUACUAAGAUGUGGACACAGGUUGUUGUUACUUUACUCAGGGCAUCUUCUCUCCAAAUGUUAGAUGUGAAGUGCGAUCUCUCCUUGCGGUAGGUAGAGUGGGUAGAUAUAUAUAUAUAUAUAUAUAUAUAUAUAUAUAUAUAUAUAUAUAUAUAGGAUUUGCACAGCUUUUUCUAGGGUCUUAAGCCAGGGAUGGGGGAAUGGAGGACAGUGUCAAUAUUAGCAUCUGCCUACAAAGCUGACUUUGAUUCAUUGUUAGUGAUGUUGAUUUUGUUAUUGUUUUCAGACGUAGAGCACGACCACACUAAUAUGUUUUCCGUUGAAAACGCAAUGAUUUUACUAUGAUUAUGCCUCACAUCCACACUUGAAUGGCACUUUCCUCCUCUGGUACUACAUACUGUGUGAAACGAUGACGUUAGGAAACAGAAGACAGUUUUUAACCGAAAACUUAUUAGUGUAGACCUGACCAUAGACAGUGUUCUCUGUUAUAUAUUUUGUUUAAUAUUGUGUUUAUACUGAUUUUUAUGUAUGAUAAGAAGCUGUAGAUUAUCAGUGGCUAUGUUCGGAAUAGCAUUCUACUAUAAUACCUAUACUUACUAUUUGCUGCAGUAUGUAAUAUGUAUACUAUGUGCAGUAUGCACAUAUACGCAGAUGACUUGCUAAAUUUGCUGAAAUGUGCAGUAUACAACAGUGCACACAGCGAAGAAUACAAUGAGCUCAACUUGACUGUUCCUUUUCCAAUAUGUUGAAUGAGCAGUAAUUUCAGUAAUUUCAACCAUGAUUUUUAACAUCUUCUUGACCCCUAUUUGAUAAGAAUACCAAAUGUUAAGAAUUACAAAUAAUACAGAGAUGAUAGCUGAAAAUUUUUUACUGAAUUUAAUUUAAGCAUACAACGCGAUGAGGUUGUGUGACAACAAAGUAGCGUACAAUGUAGCAUUGCAUAAUGCAUUUUGUUUACAUUCAAUUUUUAAAUAGUAGGCAGAAUGCAUUGUAUUCUCUGCAGUAUGCAGUAAGCAGUAUGCUUGUAUUCCAUUUUGAACAUAGUCCAAGUUACAUUAAUAUAAUGCUGUUCUUCUCUUUGCCACUAGUGGGGGUGAUUGAUCAAUUGAAUUAAUGACUACCUGGUGUGCUAUCAUCUGCAAAUAUCAAGUGCACAUUCACUGACCUGAAUUCACCAAAGGACUGAAUACUAAAUAAUGUUAUGUUAUUUGAAAUGUUUUUUUUUUUUUUUUUUUUUUUUUUUUUUAGCAAUUAUGUUUUUUUCCCCUUUCCGUUUUAAUGUGUUUUAAUUCAGAUGCAGAUGUGCUUAUUUCAAAGAUGAGUGUUUAUCUGUCUGUACCAGAGUUUAAUAAGGCAUUGUGUUUGGUUGCUUGAGUCGAACAGUUUAGGAGCCAAAAAGUAACAAAAACAGAUUGCACUAGAUUGCAUAGGAUUUUAAAUGUAUUGUUUGUUGAAGUUUAGAAAGGUGAAGGUCAAUUUAAAAAAACCUUUACGCUAUAGCAUGUGUCAAAAUGUUUUUGUAUUAUGGUUGCUUUUAACCAACUGUACACAGAUUCAUCACUGAUUACAGUUGUACUACAAGCAGUUCAAAAUUUGCACAGUACUGUAUAUGAAUUACAUUGGGAUUGGGAUUAAAGUACUGCUGUUUUAAUC